GACGACACCGGCGACGACACUGGAGACGAUGCUGGCGACGAUACCGGCGAUGAUACUGGCGACGAUACUGGCGAUGACUCUGGUGAGGAUACCGGAGAUGACUCCAGUGACGCUUCUGGUGAUGGUUCCGGCGACGACUCCGGCGAAGAUGGAUCUGAUGAUGGCUCAACUACCACGACCUCGCCUGCCACUUCGUCCUCCGCUUCUCCAGCUGCCAGCUCAAGCGCAGCUGUCUCGGAGCUGUGCAGCCCGCAAUGCACUGAAUGCCUGUCUACGGACACGACUGAUACCUCGAGCACGUCACUCAGACGGUCCGGUCUGUUCAGCAGAAGGUUGACUCAAAGGGCUUCCAGCUUUCUCACUUGGAUGUCCACUCAAAUGAAGACCGGACAGCCCCUUGUUAAGAGCACUAGCGGCGUAACCACAUCCACAUCCGUCGUUUUUGGCAGCGGUACAAGCAGCCUUACCCAGGCCAAUGUCCACGGAUGUACUGUCCUUUACGCUGUCUCCAAGUACGCUGUGUACGAGGCGCACCUAUGGGAAUCCCCCGGAUUUGUCUCGAGCCAGAACGGCACUGUCGCCUUUAACGAGCAGGCGUUCCAGACCAACAUCAUAAGCUAUCUGACGAACGACGCGAACCUCAAGCUGCCACAGCUCACCGGUUCCGCCGCGUACCCCGACCCUGGCACUCAGAUCUACAUUGGCACGCCUGUCGCCGCCACCGGGCAAGGCGCAAAGUACGCGUCUCAGAUCUCGCGCAUCGCAUCAACAGUCAACCAAGUUCUUGGGUUGUCUGCUGAGCCAGCUGAGUACUACUACACGACCACAAGCACGGACGGUGAAAACAACUGGCUGUUCCAGUACAACGAGAACACCUGCAACAAGCCCGUGUGGCAGAUUUGGUAUGGUGGUGUGGCGGAUAAUGCACUGUGGUCGGCCAGCCAGACGUCUAGCUCCUGCGCCUCUAGUGCAGCGACACCCUCUCGCACCCCAGGAUAUCCUGCCUAUACCCCGUCGACCAUGAUGGUCAUGCCCAAAGCAACUCCUGCUUAUUAG